AUGUACUUUAGGCGUUCGUUGAUCUGGCGGCUUUUGCGGGAUAAUUUUGCUAGGCAAGCCAGACGAGCGCAAACGAUACGCAACAUCGACCGGGAGCGCCGCGAGUUUGCCGAACUUCUCGUGCAGUCCGUUUCCCGGGCCAGGCGCUCGGUGGCGUCAACUGUGGUCGAAUCAGCGAAAUGCGAGCAUAUCGACCUGGUCGACUGCUCCGAGUACGACAACCAGGAGAUGAGCUGCAUGCUGACGGCAUCGGGCAUGACGUGCUGCGUGUGCCUCGGGCGGUUGGAGCUCAUCAAGGGAGCCUCACGGUUUCUCAGGACUCAGGACGGCCCAGCGAGACGGAGAUUGCACAAAUCACGGACGAAACCGCUGGAG